AUGUCGGCCUCGCAAAAAGAGGUCCGACAGUCAUGCCAAGAUGCAAAAUGUCAGGUGUCUAAUACACCACGCACUCAGCCAUGGAAAAAGUUUUGUGAUCCGGACUCAUCGAAGUUCGAGCAUGUAAUCAAGGACAGCCCUGAUGCGAGGACAGCUGGCAAAGAAAAGGCAGAGUUGAUCACCUACCUGAAGGAGAACAAGGGGCGUCCUGUCACAAAACCUCCUAAAGGGGAACAGCCUUACUUCCUUGAGGAAGUUGAACAACAAUCUGUUUCAGCGGCCGCUCUUUAG